UGGGCCCAUAUGCGGGUAUUUCCUGAAUCUACAGUCGCUUUAUUUCGGGAUUCACCGAGCAGGAACAAACAGAGCUCCCUCCUCCAGCUCUGUUUCCAGUCUCUCAGAGGUGUGAAAGCAACACUACUCUUCUGCUAAACUCUUCUUUAUAUAUAUAAAACAUCUCGCCUGUUUAAUGGUUCUCUCCCUGCUGAGUCUUUGCGCCUCGGAGGUGGUUCGGGACCACAGCUCGUCUCCAUGCUGGCUGAGCUGCGUCCCCAUGGAGCUGUUCAGACCCCUGCUGGAGGCCUCUCUGUCCGGCUGCAGACCUCUGGCUGUGGGAGAGCUGGUCCAGAGGUGGCCUGAACGAACCCUGAGGGUCCGGAGGAAACCAGCCCCGAACAGACUCUGUAUUCAGGCUCUGCUGCUGGCGGUGGUGAGGGGGCUGCUGGACCACAGGUGUGCCCUGCAGGUGCUGGACCUGUGUGGUCUGCAGGGAGACGAGGGGGGGACGGGGGACCCGAUGGGAGGCUGGUCCCUCACCGUGGCCCUCUGCACCAUGGUGCUGCAGGCCAGGAGCGGAGCCCAGAGAGCCCAGAGGGAGAGGAAGAGGAGCUCAGACCUGGAGAGGAAGAGGGACGUGAAGAGGGAGAGAGCGGGAGAACACACAGGUGAAGAAGAACUGACUGGAAAACACACAGGUGAAGAAGAACUGACGACAACAUGUGGGAUUUCCAGCGAAGACGAGCUGAUUCGAGGAGUGAGGAGGAGGAUGGAGUCGGAGAGGAAGAUGAUGCCUACAGUGACAGAAUCAGAAAGUAAACAGGAAGUGAAAGAGGACAGUGAAGUGCUGGUGCACGUGAGAGCAGAUCUGUUUGUGAACGCCAGGUCGUGGGAGAGAGUUCGAGGAGCUCUGACCACAUGUGGCCCUCUGAAGCUGCAGUGCAGGUAUCUGAGAGCGGAGGAGAUCUCUGUGUCCAGCAUCAGGGCUCUGCUGGCUUUACUGCCGCAGCAAGGGCUUCUGGGACUUGAUGUUCGUUACAGUAACAUCGGAGUGGCUGGUCUGGCUGAGCUGCUUCCUCUGCUGAAGAGUUUCCCCGCUCUCAGCUCUCUGCGUCUGCAUUACUGUAACCUGGAUCUCCGGAGAGAACAGCCCGGACAGGAAGGAGCUCUGAAGGAUUUAUCUGAGGGUCUCAAGCAGCUGCAGGAACUCAGAUGCCUCAGCCUCACCGCGCUGCGUCUGCCCGGACAACUCAGAGUGCUGCUCAGCUCGCUGCCUCGGCCCCUGGAGGUCCUGGAGCUGCCCUACCUGAGCCUGAGUCCUGCAGACCUGGCCUUCCUCUCCGUCAGCCACCACGCCUCCAACCUGCAGCAGCUGGACCUCAGUGAGAACCGUCUGGAUGAAACCACGCUGACCUCCAUCCGCCGCCUCCUCUCUCAGGCCUCCAACACCCUGCAGCACCUCUCUCUGAGCGGAUGUGGACUCACCGAUAACCUCCUGGUGCUCCUUUUGCCCUCGUUAGGAUGCUGCCGGGCCCUCAGGAGCCUCGCGUUGGCGCUGAACCCUCUGUCUGUAUCCGGCCUCAUGGAUCUGGUGAAGAUGGCGGUGAAGAUGCCUUCUCUGCGGCAGCUGCUGUACCCGAACCCUCUGGAGGAUUAUCAGCCGGGGCUCCCAGAGAUGCCCUCCAGCGCCCAGCUGUUAGACUGGCCCCUGGACGAGGCUAUAGACGUCAACAUCACCAGCAGCCAGAUCAACAGAGCGCUGAAAGAGAGCGGCAGAUCGGACCUGCUGCUGACCUGCGACCUGCUCAACUACGAUAAAGACAUGGUGUGUUAAAGGACCACGAACACCUGACGAUGACAUCCUGCAAACUCUCUCCUGCUUUUUAUAUUGUCUUUAUCAAGUGAUGAAGAUUUAUGGACUAUCACUACGGAACACGUGCGCUCCUAUUGGCUCGCGCUCCAACACAUUGUACGUGAUAGGCUAAGGGGCGGGACAUCUCUAAGCUGGUACACCAAUCACGACAGAACAACGAACACCUGGCGAUGAAAUCCUGCAAACUCUCUCCUGCUUUUUGAUCUUUUCUUUGUCACCAUCUGUCUCAUGUGAAGGUUUUCAAAGAGGUUUGUUUUGUAGGGAGUUUCUCUCCAUUUGACUCCUGUGUUUACUUCUGGAACAUAGUGACAUCACUACGGGACACUCGCUGCCGGAUCAGUACCGGAAAAACACAAUUUAUUUGGCACAACUUUUCUGCACAUCUUGUUUAUUCAGAUGAGUAAAUGAACAGGAUAUUUAUGACGUGUUUUCAGGUUAUUUGCCAUGAUCACUUUGACCCAGAAGAACCUGAGAACGCCUCAUUUGAUCCUGAUCCAUAAUCCAUAUCACAAUCAGACCUUCCUGCCUUAAAGGAGGACGUCCACUUUGAAGCGCUGCAACACAUUGUGCUGCUUCAACUUCUUCCACCACUGAGUAGGACACAUGGAGGGGAUGCUUCAAUAACAUGGUGCUUUACUACUUUGAUAAUACUUCUUGUUGUUGAAUAUAUGAAAUAGUUGGACAUGUUGCUCUUCUGACAGAAUGGCCUGUGCUCUGUCAUCAGGAUGGGAUAUGGAUUGUUAACCCUCUUGUUGAAAUGACACACUUUCUGACCAUGUGCCUUUACAGCUGUUUAUAUAUAAAGGCAUUAUCUCAUCAGCUUGUACAUUUACACACACAUCAACACCCUUUUAAAUAUGUGUGUGUACUACAUAUUAGCACAUGUUUACCUUGUAUGAAUGAACUGCAAAACCUUUAGGAUUAUUAUCCGAGUGAUUCUCGUUGUGUUUUCCAUUUUUGUAAUAUCUUGAACGUCACCAACUGUCCCCGAAUAAAUCAGUCUUUAAUCUGA